CUUCUGUAGAGGAACAUGCCCGACAUACUACUUCCACAAAGACGGCAGCGCGGAGCGAGGCACCGCGCGACUCUCUCUGACAUCCAAACCGCUCCGAAAGGAUUUCCCCCCAGCCCCACGCACGAGGACAAAGCGGGGGAGAUUGGAGGAGGCUUGCUUUUUGCUCCCGGGUCGCCGUGUCCCUUCAUCCCCUCUGCGGGGACGCCGUGCGCAAUAGCCGCUCCUGGCGCACCCGCGUCGCAAUGAUCUACACAGAACGCGCGCAGAACGAGGAGACGGUCAUCACGUCUUCAGUCGAGUCUGCUGUCUCAGGGUCCCCCUGCAAGCAGAGCAGACGGGAAGGAGGAGGGGAGGGAAGGAGGACAGGGAUCAGGGAGAGGAAUCUGCGACUGGGGCAGGACGAGGAGCAGGAGGAGGAAGAGCCACCCAGCCCGCUCACCGGAAGCCCUGAGACGCCACAGCAGAACCGUGCACGACUGACGGCCGUCGGAGAGGAAACCGGAGUGCGGCAGCAAGCGCUCGAGCAAGAGUCGAACGUCCGGGCCCGGGCGCGGUGCUGCGAGAAGCUGGAGCGCACGGGCCAGGAGAGAGUCACUGCCGGGGAGGCGGACUUCGGUGUGGUGGCCACUCGUCAGCAGCCCCGAUCAGCUGGCACAGCACGCCGGGGCAGCUUUGGUGCCUUCGAGGCGAGCCGGCGACGAGCGGCUGACACUUGGCCUGGCGCUGGACUCCUCCGUCUCCAUCAGCGAUGGCGGGGCGUCCCUCGCGGCAGCACUCGCAGGGUCGCUGGCCAGCAGCUGGUCAGCCUCCCCUUCCUCCCCCAGUGGUUGCCGCAGGGACACCACAGUGUCCCGCAGCCUCCGGAUGUGUCUCGCCCACUCGCCCCGCGGCACGGACUUGCCCCCAAGCUCGAGCUUGUAGCCUCCGACAUUUCCAUGCCCAGGUCCCAGAUCUCGAAGCCGCAGCGCUCCAGCCACCGCCCCAGCGACGCCAGCUGCACGGAGCCGGAGCCAGGGAAGCGCUCCUUCAAAGCGAAGCCAGUGCAGCUGCUGUAUUGGAGGCCUAGAAAUUGAUUUCUCCUGCGACCAGCUCUCCUGAAGCCGCAUGCCACAGCUCUACUGAAUGGAAGGCCACGCCCUCGCGGCGCCACUCUUUGCCGACUCGGUUCGCGGCCUGGUAGGCUGCUGCCAGCGCGUCCGACAGCCAGCAGUCCCCCUGCUGUCUGGUGAAGGUGUGCUCCUGGAUGCUCUUGACGACCACGGGCCAAGCCUGGUCAAGAGUCAUGCGGAAGCCUUUGGCACGUCGGCGCACCUUCCGCCCCACGUGCACGGAACCUGGGCCGAUGAGCAGACACCGAUUCAGGUGGAUCUUCGGAAGGAGCAUGCCGCGACCUCCCAUGGGUAGGUAGCCGUGCCACACAAGCAAAACGACCAGCCUGGGCGUCCGCUCGCCGUCUUCCAGGUCCGCCACGAGAAACUGGCCGCCACCGGGCAGCCCGCUGUCCACAAGCUCGGGGAGAAGCCUGUCCAGAUCUUCCAGGGACAUACUGGACGGAAUGCGCGCCAUGUCGCAAAGACACCGACGCAGCCCCGUCAAGGCCAGUGGACAAACUGCUUGAGACCGUGCUGAGCUUGGCCUGCCAGGGCGGCCGAGGCGGUUGCGCCAGCAGCGCGAGGCGAGCAAAGCGGAGUGAACUGAUAGCUCGAGCUAGACUUCAGCCAAACUGGCUACGGAACCACACUUUCCCGUUUAUCCGCUUCUCCUCCUAACAACGCAGGCC